CGGUAAGUCUUUUCACGUCGAUUUAUCAGAUCCUUCAAUCUGAUUAGCAGCGCUCCACCAACCACGGGCGAUGCCCUUCUCGAUCACGGAUUGCUGCCGAAGAAGGAAAUUUUGCUCGAGAGUUUGCAGCUGCGGCCAAUAAGCGGCGGGAUCCCCAGACGCAGGCCAGGUUUAUCGCGCCACUUUGCGGGUUAGAUGCUCAUCGCUGCGUGCGUUAUCGGAAGCGAAUUUGUAGCUCUAAACUUCCAGCGUCAUUCGUGUCUGCGUGUCUGACUCUUCUUUCCUUAUCCCACGGCCAAUUCGCCUUUCCGCCGCGCCCCAGUCCUCGAGCAACCCCUAUCGAGCCCAGCGAACGAGUCGGUCACCAUGCAGGGCGUCGUACGAGCCGGUGCGCGCGCAGCAGCACGCUCGUCUCGCCAGAUAGCUGCGGCUUCUGGCCGGAAGGCCUUCCCUCGCGCCCUCGUCGCCAGCACCACCCCGAGCCGCCUGUACACUACAGGAGACGGCCAAAAGUCGUCCGUAUACGCCGCCUUCCUGAACUUGCUUGCCAGCGCCAGCUCGCGCAGGGAAGUCGACCAGUACCUCGGCCAGUUCCGUGCCGUGAAGCCGCACCAGUUCGCCGUAGUCAAGGUCGGCGGUGCUAUCCUGACCGACCACCUCGAUGAGCUAUGCUUUGCCCUGCAGCAAUUGCAUGCCAUUGGGCUGUACCCCAUUAUCGUCCAUGGAGCUGGCCCCCAGAUGAACCAGACCCUUUUGGACUCUGGUGUCGAGCCAGACUUCAUCGAUGGGAUCAGAGUCACAGACAAGAAGACGCUGGGCAUUGCACGCAAGCUCUUCUUGGAGGCCAACAUGGACCUGGUCAUGACACUCAAGAGGAACUGGGGCGUGCCUGCCCGUCCCAUCACCGCCGGUGCUCUGCAGGCAGACUACCUCGACAAGGAGAAGUGGAAGUACGUUGGCAACAUCACCAAGAUCAAUCCCAGGGCCAUUAUGGAUGCCAUUGAGAACAAGGAGCUCCCCAUUCUGUGCUCCAUGGCCGAGACAGAGGACGGCCAGAUCCUGAACGUCAACGCCGAUGUUGUCGCUGCUGCUCUCGCACGCGAGUUCGAGCCCAUGAAGAUCAUCUACCUGUCUGAGAAGGGUGGUCUGUUCAAUGCUGAGACUGGCAAGCUAAUCUCUCACAUCAACUUGGAGGGCGAGUACGACAGCUACCUCUCGCAGCCCUGGGUCAGGUACGGCACCAAGCUCAAGAUUGUCGAGGCCAAGAAACUCCUGGAUGGUCUUCCGCGCACCUCCAGUGUCGCCAUUACCCACCCUCAGAACCUUGGAAAGGAGCUGUUCACGCACACUGGCGGAGGUACCCUGAUUCGCAACGGUGGCAGCGUCAAGGAAGUCAGCAAGUUCGAGGAUUUGGACGUUGAUGCGCUUUCUCAGGCAUUGGCUAGGGAGCACGGCGGCGCUGAGGCUGGCAAUGCGGUCAAGUCAUACAUUGAGAACCUCAAGAGCCGCCCCUUCGAGGCGUUCUUCGACGACUCCAUGGGCGUUGUGGCUAUUGUCUACCCUCCUGGCAAGGACGGCGAGUUUGCUCAGCUCUCCACCUUCACCACUACUAAAGACGCUUUCCUUACCAACGUUUCCGACCUCGUCUUCGAGCGCAUGAAGCAGAAGUACCCCAAGAUGUACUGGGUUGUCGAGAGCCAGGAGCAGAACCUUGUUAAGUGGAACUUGGAGAAGACCGACGGCUUCCUUCGCCGCGAGAAGGAGAUCUUCUGCUGGUGGGGAUCGGCAGAGUCUUCUGAAAUCUUCAGCCUCUUGGAGAAUUACUCGAAGCAGGGUCGCUCUAUUCUCAAGGACAGCCUCGAGUCGCAGUUCAGGAGGGCAGCGGACUUUGUUGCAAGCCUGAAGCAGGGCCAGCAGGCUCGCAGCUACUCGACUUUCGUUGGCGCAUGCACAAUGGGCCAGUCUGCCAGGCCUUCGCUGAGGCAGAGCAGGAUCGCACCAGCUGCGGCCCGUGGCUUCGCCACUACUGCUUCGCGCGCCCAGGACUCUACCAACCCCAACCCUCCUUACGGCAACAAGUUCGCCAGCAAGGAUUACCCCUCCAAGGUUGCUCUUAUCGGCGCCCGUGGAUACACUGGUCAGGCGCUCAUCGAUCUCCUGAACAAGCACCCCAACAUGGACCUGCGUCACGUUUCAUCUCGUGAGCUUAACGGGCAGAAGCUGGAGGGCUACACCAAGCGCCAGAUCACAUAUGAGAACCUGUCGCCUGAUGACGUCGAGGCGUUGGCGAAGAAGGGCGAGGUUGAUUGCUGGGUCAUGGCUCUGCCCAACGGUGUCUGCAAGCCGUUUGUUGACGCUAUUGAGCGGUCGGGCAACACUUCGUCCGUCAUUAUUGAUCUCAGCGCGGACUAUCGCUUUGACGACAAGUGGACUUAUGGUCUCCCUGAGCUGAUUCCCCGCCGCAAGCUCGAUGGCGCUACACGGAUAGCUAACCCUGGCUGCUACGCAACUGCCGCACAGCUUGGUAUCGCACCUCUCCUCGAAUUCAUUGGCGGACAGCCCACUGUCUUCGGUGUCUCUGGCUACUCAGGAGCCGGCACCAAGCCCAGCUCCAAGAACGAUGUCAACAACCUCACCAACAAUCUGAUCCCUUACAGUCUGACUGACCACAUUCACGAGAAGGAGAUCUCGAGGCAACUGGGCACCGAGGUUGCGUUCAUUCCUCACGUCGCUGUCUGGUUUCAGGGUAUUCACCACACUAUUUCCAUCCCUCUCAACCGUACCAUGACCUCGCGCGAUAUCCGCAACCUGUACCAGGACCGAUACGCUGGCGAGAAGCUCGUCAAGAUCGUUGGCGAGUCGCCACUGGUCAAGAACAUCUCGGGCAAGCACGGUGUUGAGAUCGGUGGUUUCGCUGUUCACAGCUCGGGCAAGCGCGUUGUCAUCAACGCUACCAUCGACAACCUCCUCAAGGGUGCUGCGACACAAUGUCUGCAAAACAUGAACUUGGCCCUUGGCUACGCCGAGUAUGAGGGCAUCCCGUACUAGAUGGACAGGACCAUUGACGGCUCGUUAUAGCGUUGGGACAAUAUCGGAAUGUGUGGAACCUAUUGGUUUUGCACGUUUGGGGUUGGUCGGAGAGGACAUGACAGAAGUCAAGGUUGAGUCAGACAAGAAGUUGAAGCAUCAACACCAGGCGCGCAUGGUUUGGCGGCGCACAGCACCAUUAGACAUGGCUUUCUCCUUGUACAUACCACGUUGUACAGCUUGUACGGUAUAGAGCGUAAAAGCGCUAGCGUUGUUUGAUCACAGUUCACUUUCAUCACAUGUGUUGCAAUUUGAAGCUCCUACACACGUCGGC